AUGGGAGGAGACUUCGGCAGAUACAUGAGAGAGGUGGCAUCAGAGGAGCUUAAGGAAGCAUACGGUAAUCGUGCCUUGGAAUUCUACAUCUAUGGGUUUGACCAGGCUCAGUACCUGGAGGCCUCACACCCCCUCCGCCUCACCCUGGUCCUGCACCUCUCUGACUUCUACUACGAAGACGUCCACCUUCGGGCCGAGGCCAUCAAUAUGGCCCAAGACGCCGUGAGCAAGGCCAGUAAGCUGCUGGAAAAGGCUCCGAACCAAGAAAGCAGCGUGAUCGUGCAGCAGUUAAAAGACAGGCUCAGUCUCUGGACGCCGCUCUAG